GAUGGACUUCUCUCAGCUAUUGCAACCAUGUCGAGAUUUCUGGUUGUUGCUAGUAUCAAUUGCCACAGUCUUCGCAAUCAUUCAGAACUACCAUUUGGAAUAUCUGCAUCAAAGUGAGAGAAACGAGUUGCAGAAACACAAAGCUAGACUGGACUUUCUGGAGCAGCAGCUUACUUUAUUGUCAAAGAAAGAAGAGACACCUUACGCAGCUUCGAUGGAGCGUGCGUUGCGCAGAGAAAGAAGUGCAGAGUGUCCCCAAAAGUGCAGAGGACCUCGAGGAUAUGAUGGAGUGAAAGGAGAACGAGGAAGUCUUGGGGAGAAAGGCUCAAAGGGAGAGUCUGGGAAUCAAGGCAUAAUCGGAAGAAAGGGAGAGAAAGGACACAGAGGUCCACCUGGGUUUACUGGUAGCAAGGGUGAAAGGGGUAGUCAUGGCCGUAAAGGAGCAAAGGGUGAACAAGGACUAGCCAUAGAAAAGGAAAAGCUAGUGCCACUUGCUCACAUUGUGGGAGAUGACAAACGAUUUAAUCAUGUCGGGAAACAUCAACUUUCUACAAAUCUUUGGAAUAAAUCAGCAAGUAUUUGUAACUAUACUAUCUCUCUAGUAGAGAAAGAGCUUGCUUGGCAUUUAGUUAUGCCCACUGGUGGUGUUUACUUUGUCUACGCUCAGCUCAAUCUUUUGGAAAAUGACACAAGUGAAGGGUUAUUUUAUGAAUUGACUGUUAAUGAUCAACGCACAAUUGCUACUUCUUCAAAUGCUGCUAUAGAAAGGUCGGGUUCACACUUCAUAGGAGUGCUGGCGGUUCUGCAGAAAAAUGAAAUUGUUUCUGUAAAGCUAAAAGAAAACGCUCACAUUCAGUAUGCUCACAGUUUCUUUGGUGCAUUUCGGGUGUCUUGUGUGCUGCCGGAUUGUUGAUAGUAUAAUACCAUUAAAAUGACUGUUUGACACUCAUAUGACAUUGUUUAGUGUAAAGUCUACAAGUCUAUAUAGGUUAAAUAGUGCAUGUUUGUAAGUAGUUGCGUUGUUUCUAGUGCUGGUUCUGUAAUUGCAAUUGGAACAGUAAACUUUGGACAUUUUUCAUGUAUCUGAGUACUGCCAAUAGCAACAUGAAUACAAGUCUAUUGAGCAUCA